UCAGUUGAUGACUUCUUGAUUUUUGCAAUGUCUGAUCAUAGUACACACUAAUUGCAGGAGACUUGUUAGCAGCAUUCAAAUCACUAAUUGCAGGAGACUUGUUAGCAGCAUUCAAAUUGUGGGAAGCUGUGGUGGAUCGACAGAAUGCCAACAAGUGGCAUCAUUUAUGAAUAGGCAAUAUUGAAGUUAUGUUAGGACCAUAACAGAGUGGCAAUAUGGAGUCAGCAAGUCAUUUAUAGAGCAAAAUUUACCUUGCUGAUUAUUACAUUUGCACACCUGCAAGCACAUACCAUAACCAUACAAGAUCAAAUCAAGUUGACAGUUGACACCAAGAACAGUGUAGUAGCCAAUGGAAAUUUCAUUCAAUGAUGAAGAAACUACUGCACAAGAGAAGACUUUUUAGCAAAAAAGCCAUAGUGUUCUUAUAGGCAAGUUCAAUGCCAAAGAUCAAGGAUGGCAUACCGGGUGAUUAUAUUAGUGUGGUAAGAACGGGAUAACAGAAAGCUUAAAAGUUGCAGGAUUCAAUAAAUUUAAGGGAAUGAUUGUAGCUAGUGACAUGAAUUUACUUGUAUAUCACAGGAAAUAACCGCUUUAAUCUUGUGAUAUGACAGUGGCAGGUAAUAAAAGAUCACCUCUUUUUGCUGCUGUGUGUGUUCUCUCUCUCUCUCUCUCUCUCUCUGAGUUAUUUAGAGAAGGACUUGUUUCUCCAGGUCUUAAAGCCACAAGAGGUAAUAACUUCUAGAGACCCCAUUGUUAAUAAAUGCUCAUCCAUGUGAGAGAGCCGGGAAAAAAGGGGAUUCCAUUUCAUUUUCUUGUUGUGUGUCUCUCUCUAUAUAUCACUCAAGAUAUGCUUCACUUGUUAACAUUCCUACAAACUGUAGCCAAGAAGACCAUUCAUUCCUUUUGCGCAAUGAUGAUGAUCAUGUGAGAUGAAUGAGAUAUCUCUUACUAGCUUCUUCUUUGUUCUGUAAUAAGAUUUAGAAAGAAAAAGAUGGGUAGAUCACCGUGCUGUGACAAGAUGGGUUUGAAGAAAGGACCAUGGACAUCAGAAGAAGAUCAGAAACUUUUGGCUUAUAUUGAAGAACAUGGACAUGGAAGUUGGCGUUCACUGCCUGAGAAAGCUGGUCUCCAUAGAUGCGGCAAAAGUUGUAGACUCAGAUGGACUAACUACCUAAGACCAGACAUCAAAAGAGGCAAAUUCAACUUGCAAGAAGAACAAACCAUUAUUCAACUCCACGCUCUCUUAGGAAACAGGUGGUCGGCGAUAGCGACUCAUUUGCCAAAGAGAACAGACAACGAGAUAAAGAACUACUGGAACACGCACUUGAAGAAACGGUUAGUUAAAAUGGGGAUAGAUCCAGUGACUCAUAAACCCAAAAACGAGACUCCUCUGUCUUCUUCUCUCGGUGGUUUAUCAAAGAACGCAGCCACACUUAGCCACAUGGCUCAAUGGGAAAGUGCUAGGCUUGAAGCUGAAGCAAGGCUAGCUAGAGAGUCAAAGCUUCUUCUUUACCAAACCAAAGUAUCAUCAUCGUCAUCUUCUCAUCAUCAUCUGAACAUCACCUCUUCUUCAUCAGGUAAACAAAACACCACUCUGCACGUUCAAAGGUGGAUGGAAACUUUCUUUGAUUUUUUUGUAUACAAACAAAACAAUGCAGAUCAUCAACAGCAACAUCAGCUUGAAUCUCCGACAUCUACAGUGUCAUUCUCGGAAGCGAAGACAGAGUUCGUGGGAUCAUCAUCAGCAUCAACGUGUCUAAAUAUGAUCAAAGAAGCUGAAAACGAUUGGAUCAGUUCAACGAUUCACGAGUUCCAAGGCGUCGAAGAAGGCCUCACGGGUCUCUUGCUAGGUGGCGGUGAUUCACUAGGCCGGAGUUUCUCAGCCGAUAAAAAUGAGACGGCCGGCGAGACUAGUGGUGACUGUAACAACGGUUACUAUGAGGAGGACAACAAGAACUAUUUGGACAGCAUUUUCAGCUUUGUGGAUCCUUCGCCGUCCGAUUCAACUCCUUUGUUCUGAAUCAAGGGCUGAUAUUUCUCGGGGAAUGUUUUUGAUUCUUGUACUUCUUAAUUUUGGUGUGUAAACUCUGAUUAGAUAAAAAAAAAAUUAAUCUAUUUUUGCAUUUAUUUUCUUUAUAUUA